UUCUAAUCGUAGACGAGGAUCGGAUCAGUGAUCACUUAUUCGUACUCCAUCGAUGAUCUAUUGAUCCCGGGUUACGCCGUCUCAUAAAUCCACUUAGAGUUGCCUUUCUUGAAGCCCUUUUCCGCGCAUCUGAGAAUCUAUGGACCUGUCUUCAAAGCCUUUGAAGACUUAAACAUUUCGAUUUGAAGGUGAAUGUGUUCUUGCUGCUAAGGAGAACGAGAGGUCUGUUUAUUGAAGUUGUGAAGAUUCAAAUCCAUCUUUUCUUUCUUUUUUUGGGACAAAAGGAAAAGAAUGAUGGUUUCAUCUAAAAAAAGCAUUUGUUAUUGCUCUAUAUCAAAGGGAGGUCGAAUUUUGUACACAUAUAACAACGAAGGAGACCUAGAGAUGGAGAACUUGGCUACACAAUGCUUAGAGAAGGUGCCACCUCAUCACCAAUGGUAUUUCCAGACAAUGGGUAAAAAGACUUUCUGUUUCUUGAUUGAAGAAGGCGGCUAUGUCUAUUUUGCAAUUGCACAAGACACUCUCGGAAAUGCUGAAGCUCUUCGGUUUCUUCAAAAUCUUAGAAGCGAAUUUGAAAAGUAUGCAAGAAGGGGUAGUUCUGGAAGAAGCAUGUCAAGUCUUAGCUCCAUAAGUACACUCCAAGAGCAACUAGUCCCGGUAAUUAGGAAUUUAAUUACCUCACUAGAGAAUGUCUCAGGUGGGGACACUAGGUGGCCCACUAUGCCCAAUCAAGACCACUUGUUGGUGCCCACAACUUCAUUCCCCAAUGCAAACGGGCAAAUGGAAGGAGGGCCUUCUUCAACAAGAGCCCCAUUGUUGAGCAAAUAUGCCAUUAAGAAGAAUAAGAAUAAAAAGGAGCAUGUGGUUGUUGGAGUGAAGGGUAUCGAGAUGGAGCAUAGGAAGUCUACAGAAAGAGUUGACUCCGAAGCAUUGGGAGUAUCUCCUGUGUUGUUACAACGAGAGUUUGGGUCGGGAAGGAUGAUGAGGGGAAGCAAUCACCACCACAACUUUCAAAAGAAAUGGUGUCGUUUCGUUCGGAUUAUUCUCGCCGUGGAUGGUGCAGUUUGUCUUGUCCUACUUGUUAUAUGGCUAGUCCUAUGUGAAGGAACAAAGUGUAUUAGUUGAAGCAAGUUACAAAAAGUAUUACAACACAGACCCUUGUCAGGAUGGGUCCCUUUUCUCAACACCUCAUGUCACACUUCAUCAAUGGUGAUUUUCUCAAACCCCUCAUAGCCAUAUGUUUUUUUGUGUAAUUUAUAAUCUUUCUGUUUAUAUGCAUGCAUGGGUCGAGAAAGUUACAAGCAAAAUGUUGUGUUUUGAAUUAAAGAUGGAAGACCGAUCCAUUUAUUGAUGAUUGAAAGAUGGAAGACC